AUGAACAACAACUCUACGACUGCGAAAGACGACACCUACAUCAACAGCACCCGAAACCACCCCGGCGGCGGCCACCCGGCCUACGGGGACCUGCCGCCCGAGUAUCUCCCGUACUUGACUGCGUACGGCGCUGGCGACGAUCUCGAGCUCGACUUCGACUACGAAGCAUUUGCGGCUAUGAGGUCUAAGCAGGGGAGAUCUGUCUCUGAGGCUCAGGGAGUGCAGCGUCCCUAUCUGGUGUCACUACUGGCUACGGCUAUAACUAUGGUGAGAGGUCUCACAACAGUGCAGGUGAGUUCAUUUGCAUCUCCUGCCACUGGUGCGCAUGCACGGUUCUCCUCUCCCCUCUCGGCCAUCGAUGGAGAACCGGGGAACUGGCAUGAUGUGGCUUCGGAGGGUAGUGGCGGCUCGGAUGCAGAGGAAGAGCCCCAGAAGACAUGCCUCCGGAAGCCACGCAUGACCUACUCGUCUGCAGAUCACGAAGCCCUCGUUCGUGUUGCAAUCGAUGUCAACCCGUGGGGUGCUGCAUAUCGUCAGAAGGGCAAGGCCUGGCAAACGAUUCUGGAGACCCUUCAGAAGCAGCAGAAGUUCCUCGGGGCCAGCGUCGGGACCAUCCGGAACAAGAUGGAUGCCAUGAUUGCAUGGCAAGCGGACAACAACUGUGCCCAGGGACGCAUCAUCAACGAUCUCUCAGACAGCACGAAGCAUGCGCUCGCCGCCUUGCUCGAUCGCGCUUCGGAGCUCAAGGCGAUGGCUGAGCAUGCGACUGAGGAGGAGAAAGCGAAGGCCCAGAAGAAAGCUGAAGACGACCGCAUCGGCGGAGAGGCCAUCCGUUCGGCUUCGUUGGCCACCUUCCGCAAGCGCAAGCGUGGUGAAGAUACGGAGUCGGAGUCGGACGCAGAGAACCGACCCCCAGCUCAGCCGCCAAAGCGGGGCCGUCUUGCGAAGUCCGCCAGCUCCACAACUUCAUCCUUCGAACAGCGGGAUACCACUCAGAAGCUUGUCGAGGUCAUCGCUGCAGGCCAGCAGCGUCAGGAGGAGUUCCAGAAGCAGGUGCUGACACAGAUGCAGGCAACUAAUGAUCGAUGCCUACGUGUUUUAGAGAACCUUGCUACUGUUGUUGCGCAGAGACUGUCCCGCUCUGAUACUGCACAGUAG